AUGGCCGUCGCCAGGCCCGUACGCGCCGUUGCGCUUGCUGUCUUUCUUGUGUGCUGUUUCUUCCUAUAUACCAUCUGGCGCCCCGGUGCCCACACCCCGGUCGAUUUCCAAGGCAAGAUUGAGAGAGAUCCCAAUCUGGAUCUUACGGGAGAGCCCCAAGGGAAGCUCGUGCGCGCAACUGAGGGCUAUGCUCCUGGUCCCGACGGCACCGCGAGAAUCAAUGCGACGCUCCUGGCCUUGGUGCGGAACGAGGAACUCGAGGGCAUGUUGCAAUCGAUGCGGGACCUAGAGCGAACCUGGAACUCGAAAUUCAACUACCCCUGGACUUUCUUUAAUGAUGUCCCCUUCACCGAGGAAUUCAAGCGUAAAACGAGGGCGGCCACUAAGGCGGAAACCCGCUAUGAGGUCAUCCCGGAUGCGCACUGGGAUGUCCCGUCCUGGAUUAACGACGACCUGUACAAAGAAUCCGUCAAGAUCCUCCAAGAAAACGAGAUUCAAUAUGCCGACAUGAUUUCCUACCACAAGAUGUGCCGCUGGAACAGUGGCCUCUUCUACAAGCAUCCCGCGCUCGCAGAUGUCCAAUACUACUGGCGUGUCGAGCCCAAGGUGCACUUCUUCUGCGACGUCGAUUACGACGUGUUCCGUUACAUGCAAGACAACAAUAAGACCUACGGCUUCACCAUCACCCUCUACGAUGCCCCGAAAUCGAUCCCGACCUUGUGGCCCGAGACGACUAAAUUCAUUGCUCAGCACCCCGAGUACCUGCACGAGAACAGGGCCGAGGCUUGGUUGACUGAUAAGGAUCGCCGACCCAUCCACAACCAGGAAGCCAACGGCUACUCGACUUGCCACUUCUGGAGCAAUUUCGAGAUCGCCGACCUGAGCUUUUGGCGGAGUCAGGCGUACGAGGACUAUUUUAACCACCUCGACCGAGCCGGCGGCUUUUUCUACGAGAGGUGGGGCGACGCACCCGUUCAUAGUAUAGCCCUUGGCCUCUUCGCGGACAAGACCAAGAUUCACUGGUUCCGCGACAUCGGAUACCAGCACAUUCCCUUUUUCAACUGCCCCAACUCGCCGAAAUGCAGGGGUUGUGUCACCGGUCGUCUCACUGACGGCGAGGCUUGGUUAAAUAAGGAAGACUGCCGGCCCUUGUGGUUCAAGUAUGCGGGGAUGUAUUGA